AUGUACGGCAGUUUCCCAGCUCCAGACCACUCAACAGUUGAGGAUGACCCUCACGAGCAGACGUCGCUGCUCUCCCACCCCCAGCAGGAGAGCUGGAUCACCGAGUUCGUGCAUCUUCUCCGACAGUCCAUCCCCGUUAUUCUCGCCUACGCGCUGCAGAACAGUCUCCAGACCGUGUCCGUCCUCAUCGUCGGCCGUUCCUCGCCGGAGAAUUUGGCCACCGCUGCGUUCUCCUUGAUGUUCGCCAUGAUCACGGCCUGGAUGAUUGCACUCGGCGGAACCACCGCUCUCGACACUCUGGCCUCCUCGUCGUUCACCGGGAGCGCCAACAAGCACGAUCUGGGUAUCCUGCUGCAGCGCGGGUUCCUCGUCCUGACGCUGUUCUACGUGCCCGUGGCCGUGUUAUGGGCUUGUUCCGAGUCCGUCUUCCUCCUUCUGGGUCAGGACCCCCGACUGUCCCGCGAUAGUGCACGCUUCCUUACCUGCUUGAUUCCCGGCGGUCUCGGGUACAUCUAUUUCGAGCUGAUGAAGAAGUACCUCCAGGCGCAGGGCAUCAUGCGUCCCGGGACGUACGUCCUGCUCAUCACGUCGCCGCUCAACGCCCUCCUCAACUACCUUUUUGUCUACCCCCUCGGCAUGGGUCUUCUGGGCGCCCCCUGCGCAACGGGCCUUUCCUACUGGCUAUCCUUUGCGCUCCUCGUGCUGUACGCCCGGUUCGUGGCCGGGUCCGCCGGCUGGGGCGGCUGGUCACGCGAAGCCACCCACCACCUGGGGCCCUUUGCCCGCCUGGCUCUCCUCGGCGUCAUCCACGUCGGAACCGAGUGGUGGGCCUUUGAGAUCGUCGCCCUGGCCGCCGGUCGCCUGGGGACCGUCCCCCUCGCGGCGCAGAGCGUCAUUAUGACGGCCGAUCAGGUCCUCAACACCAUCCCCUUUGGCGUGGGCGUCGCUACCUCCGCGCGCGUCGGUAACCUGCUUGGUGCCCGUGAUGCCCGUGGCGCGGCUCGCGCGGCCCACUCUGCUGCCGUGCUGAGCAUGCUGCUGGGUGUCGUCGUCUUGGCGGCGCUGAUGGCCUCACGCCAUCACUUCGCGGCCCUCUUCAACCCUGACAUCCGAGUUGUGCGUCUCACCGCUGAGGUCUUACCCUACGUCGCGCUUUUCCAGAUUGCAGAUGGCCUGAACGGGAGCUGCGGCGGGAGUCUCCGCGGGAUGGGGCGCCAGCACGUUGGCGCUUUGGUCAAUCUCGUUAGUUACUACGGCGGGGCACUGCCGCUAGGGAUCUGGUUGGCCUUUCGUCAUGACUGGGGACUCCAGGGCCUCUGGGUGGGCCAGUGCAUUGCGCUGUAUCUGGUGGGGGCGUUGGAGUGGGUGAUUGUGGCCCUUAGUGAUUGGCGUCGUGAGGUGAACCUGGCGUUUUUGCGGAUGGAUGAGACUCAAGAUGAGGGAAUGUAGA